UCUGAAAUCGGCACCUCCAGGCCGACCGCGACGACCACGACGCGCGACUCCGAGCCCCAUUCGGGACGGGACGCCUUCAGCGAGAAGCGGCCCGAUUCGACGGAUCUGAGGGGACCGUCUCUAACGCUGCUGCUGGACCUACGACCACCCAUGAUCUCACCAUGAUUCCGGGAUUCACGACCACGUAUAGCAAACCCAGCGCUGCGGAUAAGAUGAUUGGUACAGCACAGAAGGUUUUUGUCGUCGCCGGUUUGGUUGGCCACAUCUUGACUCACUCGAUGUCAGCUCGUCGGCUAAGGUCACAAAAGAACCGGGAGAUGGAGGAGAAAGGACAGAUUCGCGCGUCUGAGGGUAAAGCCGCUGCGGCUUCGAUUCACUAG